AUGCCACCCAAAGCCACCUCAAAACCAAGGAAUAGGAAAAAGCGAGAUCGUUCAUCUGGAGAUGAUGAACGCCACCAUGUCAAAGCCCACAAGAUCAAAACCCCCAAAGUCAACCCGCCCAAGGCCCAGUCGCAAUCCCCCAAAGCUCCAAAGUUACCAAGAGGCCUCCGCGGACCUAACGGUAUAAAGUUAAAGCAAGUCCAAUACCACAAGUUCGAAGACGAAGUCGUGAUAUACCACUACGCCACGUCCUUCAUCUCCGUCUCAGACUUUCGCUCGUUACUCACCCGCCAGCAACACGGCUAUGUAAACCAUCUCAUAGGCCCUGAUCCACUAGCCUCCAUCCCCGAACCAUCAGGCGACGAGCUUCCCCCAGGUUGCCUAGAAGUCGCCUACCUCCCAUCUGUGUUCGUACUAGGCGGCUCAGCACUCGGCUUCCGACUUGAUUCUAGUCCACCAGCAAUAGAGUGGCUGUGCUUCGAUAGAGAUGUCAAGGAGAGUAUCCUCGAAUUGCUGGACAUCAAUACGCAUGCACAGCGCAUGUUGUUUGAGCAUGUUGCAAGUCUGCCACGGGCGCCGACGCCGGAGAAGAAGUGGGAUAGGAGGCUUGCUUAUACGGAGCACAAAGAUUGGUAUGAGAGUCUGAAGGAGGCAGGAAGGAGGCCGUUUAGGUUGGGGUUGACGUGGAGGAGGCGGGGGACAGAGAUGAUGAUUGAAGGGAUGAAGAAGAGGAAUGAAGAAACUAGGUUGGAGGAGAAGAGAGCAAUGACAGAAGGUGUUGCGGCCAUGGAGAUGGAAGACGACUAUAGCGAUGCUGAGGAAGGGCACAGCGGAGGUGGAGAAGAAGAUCGAGACACCACGAUUUUCCAUCAGCGCAGCUCCAGCGGGCCAAAAACCAUUAGUAGGCGCUCGCCUUUUGUUUACCACGACCCAAUUUCCAACUAG